AAUGCGACUCGACCUUUUAGGGUAUACAUAUACAUUAUAUCAGUUAUGAAUUUGAUGGAUGUAUUUAACGGAUUAUAGGGCCUACAUGUAUGCAUUGAGUUGCUAUGAGUUGUUGAUUUUAAUCUGAUUAUGAACAUGAAAAUCGCUGAAUAGUUUUAAAGACAUGUAUAUGUUGUAUUUCUAUCGAAAUUUGCUGUUAGUCUUAUACUGGUUGCUUUUCUGUAUCUCUUAAAUUCAAAUUUCACCGAUAUACGCCUAAUUUUCUAAGUUCACAAAUUCUGUGCAAAAGCCGGAUUGAAAUGAUUUUGCACCGGGCCAAUGGGCACGAGUUAUUACCGACUAAUCACAGGCCAGCUCUCUCAGUUAGGAUAACCAAUGGCAAUGGUCGUUAGUGAGGGCGCGGUGAUUUUGAAGGCAGACCUGUUAUUCAUCGACUCGGUAUAAAAUUUAUACAGAGAGCGAUCUGCCUCAUUCAUUCAUUUGACACUCGUCGAAGAUGGCUCGUACAAAGCAGACUGCAAGAAAAUCUACCGGAGGAAAGGCUCCACGUAAACAACUGGCUACCAAGGCCGCCCGUAAGAGCGCCCCAGCCACUGGUGGAGUCAAGAAACCCCACAGAUACAGGCCCGGAACCGUCGCUCUCCGUGAGAUCAGGAGAUACCAGAAAAGCACAGAGUUGCUCAUCAGGAAAUUGCCCUUCCAGCGUCUGGUCCGUGAGAUUGCUCAGGACUUCAAGACUGAUCUGCGAUUCCAGAGCUCCGCCGUCAUGGCUCUCCAGGAAGCCAGCGAAGCUUACCUUGUUGGACUCUUUGAGGACACCAACUUGUGCGCUAUCCACGCCAAGAGAGUCACCAUCAUGCCAAAAGACAUCCAGCUUGCCAGACGUAUCCGUGGCGAGAGAGCUUAAAUUUCUUUGUCUCUGACAAAUACAAAACGGCCGUUUUCACGGCCACCUAAACUUUUAGAAAAGAUGCCUAUAUUACAAUCAAUGAAGACUACAAUUCAACGAAAUUGCACAAGUAAAAAGUGCA